CCAUUUCUGCCUACGUGUAGGCAGCAAGGUAAACAGGAAGUGUACAUCUUCUGCUCUUCCGGGUUGGGAUUCCUGCAGUAACUGAAGCGCAAUGGCCGUGGAUUCUGCGUUGUCUCUCCGGGUUUCGGAGAUUAAGAACCCGGAGGUCCUCUUCGAGCGGUACAACACCGAGGAGAUCCGCCUAAUCGAGCGCAAAGUCCGCGGGGAGAUCGAGCAGAAGAAAGAGGAGCUGCGGCAGAUGGUGGGGGAGCGCUACCGGGACCUAAUCGACGCCGCCGACACAAUCGGGGAGAUGAGGCAGUGCUCAGAAAGCGUCGUCCAGUCGAUCCAGGAGAUGCACCAGUACUGUCACAGGCUGAAAGAAACCAAAGCCAGAGUUCCCAGCUGCGCACAAGAGAGCCAGAGGCAGUGGCAGGAGAAGUUCUACACUGUGGCCUCUCAGAUAAAGCUCCUUUUGGAGAUCCCAGAGCGUAUCUGGAGUGCCAUGGAAGCAUCCCAGUACCUCCAGGCCACCCAUCUCUAUCUGCUAUGCUGUCACCUCCAUAAUCUGCUGCAUCUGGAGGCUGCUGCAGGGGGCCACUACAGCCCUGUCCUGGCCCGCUUCCCCAUCCUGGUCAGGCAGGUAGCCACCGCUGGGCAUUUCAGGUCCACCAUUCUGCUGGACAGCAGGUCCCUUCUGCGAGGCCGGGCAGUGUCGGACCAGGCCGUCGCUGAGGCCCUCGUGUCCGUUAUGUUGCUGGAGGACAGUUCACCACGCCAGGUGCUGGCUGACUUUUUGCUGGCUCGGAAAGGCUCCAUCCAUCAACUGCUCAACCAACCACAGCAUGGUGUGAGGAUAAAGGCCCAGGUGUGUGGCCUGGUGGAGCUGCUGGUCACCACUCUGUUCCAGGCCUACACUGUUUUCUAUCAGAACCCAGACCAAGGCCCCAGGACAGGGGAGGGGGCCUUGAGCUGUGGCAUGCUCUUCUCUAUCCUGGAGAAUGUCACCUCCACCACCACUGCAGCUAAAGGCAUGAAGGUGCUGCAGGAAGAGACGAGCACAGGCAGCUGGUUCAAACACCUGCCUUCCUCUGUUUAUGAUUUCCAGCCUGCCCUUCGCACCCUGGCUCAGCCAAUCCAGAGAGAGCAGCUCCGGGACACUUUGCAGCAAUGGAUUGACACCUGUAAGGAGGACAUCUGCUGUGGUGUUGGCAACCUUUUGGUCUAUGUCAAGAGUUUGAAAGGACUGGCAGCCAUCAGAGACGCUGUGUGGGACCUCCUGUCCACAGAUGCCAUCAGUCUGCACUGGAGCACUGUGUGCCAGCAACUGCUAGAGCAUCCCUUAGCUAUUUGGGAUGACUUUUUGCAGAAGCUCUUCCUUCAGCGUCUGCAGGCCAUCACCAAAGAAGAAACUGAAGCCAUCUCGAUGAGGUCCGUCCAGCUCCUCACCUCAACAGUAAGGGAUCUUGAGGGUCAGACCAUUCAUACCUCUGUAGAGACCAACUCUGGCUCUGACUGCGGCACUCACUAUGAGGUAGAUGUUGCCUCCUUCCUUUGGUUGGAGACUCCAGGGGAUCUGUUGAGUGAUGCAGGGUGGGUCAGAGUGACCCAGCGGGAGCAGCAGCAGCAUCAGCAAAGGAGUGGCCUGGCCAUGAAGACCCAGGCCUUGACACCUCGUGUUCAGAACUUCUGCUCUUCCAUUGAUGCAAAGCUUAAGGCCAGGCUAGAUGACCUCCAGCAUUACCUUCCCUCGCAAGACACAGGUUCUGACUCCAUCUCAAUCACAGUCUCCUCCUCUGGACCUGCCGAGGGCUCAUUUGCAUCCUCAUUUAACCGCUUCAUGGACUCGCCAGCAGUGGAGGAGGUUUUACGAGAAGCCUGUGUAGCCUGUGUACACCAGAUCCUGUCUUCCAUCCGCUCCGAACUAGCUGCAGCCUCACUGGAGCCUGGCCAGACUCGACUCAGUUCGGUUCUUUUCAUGGCCAGGUUGUGCCAGUCUAUGGGUGAACUCUGUCCCAACCUGAAGCAUUGCAUCAUGGGAAAACAGAAUGGGUCUGAGGCUGUAGCCAAGGGAACUACCAGGCAGGGCAAAAAGCUGAACAAAACCAGGAGCAUCAUAGAGGUCAGCCCGACCCAGGCCAAGUGGGCAGAUCUGAAGGAGGAGCUUCUCAAAUGCAGCAUGGAGGCCUACCGCAUCUGGACCUCUUCCCUCUCCAAAGUGCUACUAGAUAAGUUUGAUCUGGAGAUCCAAGAAGAGUCAGAGUCAGGAAGCAGUGUCACAUCCAAAAUCCGUCUUCCAGUCCAGCCAUCUUGGUUUGUACAGUCACUGCUGUUCAGGCUGUGUGUUGAGGUGAACAAGGUGGGGGGUCACGCCCUGCCCCAGCCCACUCUGCAGGAGCUGCUGCAGGACUGUCUGGCACAGGCCCUGCACCACUACCAUAGCCUCUCACAGCAGACCCACAGCAGGGAGUCUGUGUUCCCCAUGACUCAGAACAGAGCCUUGCAGAUGUUGUUUGACCUUCGUUACCUCAAUACCACACUCGGCAGCAGAAUGGAGGAGGGCAAGAGCUCACGAUUCCAUCAAGACUCUAGAUUCCACAUGGUCUGUGAUUGGCUGGAGGGCUUCAUUGACCCUUUUGACCUGGAUGUGUUCACUCCUCUGAUGAAUGCCAACCUCAACCGCCUGUCCCAGAGGACCUCGGUGCUGUUCGGACUUCUCACAGGCUCUGAGAAGCUGUUUAUGUCACGGAGCAGCAGUGUGAACUCCCAAGAGUCUUACAACAUCCUGCCCCUUGCCAGCAGCCAGAUCAGGUUUGGGUUGCUACCUCUCAGCAUGUCGAAUUCAUUGAAAUCCAAGUCAGCCUCCAGGACUUCUGAAGCUCCACACCACAUAGCUCCUCCAUCCUACACAGCAGACAGUGAGGGCGUCUUCCAGCCAGGCAGUCUGUUCAGACAGCUCACUGAUCAGGACGAAGACACAGCGGCUCUUUCUUUAUUCAAACUCAGCUGGCUGCCCGGCAUGGCCAAAUAACCCUGUAUUGCUCAAGAUGGUAUUUUGCAUUUGCUGAAGUUUGUAUAAAUAUGUAUAGUAAAUAUAUUUUUGCGUUGUG